GAGAACGCGCGCGAGCUCGGGCGUCCACGCCCCAGCCUUUCCCGGAGCCAUGAACCCCAACUGCGCCCGGUGCGGCAAGAUUGUGUACCCCACGGAGAAGGUGAACUGUCUGGAUAAGUUUUGGCAUAAAGCAUGCUUCCAUUGCGAGACCUGCAAGAUGACACUGAACAUGAAGAACUACAAGGGUUAUGAGAAGAAGCCCUACUGCAAUGCACACUACCCUAAACAGUCCUUCACUAUGGUGGCUGACACCCCGGAAAACCUUCGUCUCAAGCAACAGAGUGAGCUCCAGAGUCAGGUACGCUACAAGGAGGAGUUUGAGAAGAACAAGGGCAAAGGCUUCAGUGUGGUUGCUGAUACACCUGAGCUGCAGAGAAUCAAGAAGACCCAGGACCAGAUCAGUAACAUAAAAUACCAUGAGGAGUUUGAGAAGAGCCGCAUGGGCCCCAGCGGGGGCGAGGGCUUGGAGCCGGAGCGCCGAGACUCCCAGGACAGCAGCAGCUACCGGCGACCCCCGGAGCAGCAGCAGCCCCACCACAUCCCGACCAGUGCCCCAGUUUACCAGCAGCAGCAGCCAGUGGCCCAGUCCUAUGGUGGCUACAAGGAGCCAGCAGCCCCUGUCUCCAUACAGCGCAGUGCCCCCGGCGGCGGCGGGAAGCGGUACCGUGCUGUGUACGACUACAGCGCUGCCGAUGAGGACGAGGUCUCCUUCCAGGAUGGGGACACCAUCGUCAACGUGCAGCAGAUUGAUGACGGCUGGAUGUACGGGACGGUGGAACGCACGGGCGACACAGGGAUGCUGCCUGCCAACUACGUGGAGGCCAUCUGAGCCCCGGGCACCCUCACCUCUCCUCCUGGGCGUGACCAGUCCACCCUUCAGUGUCUGUUUUUUAAAAUCUGCGACAGCUUGUGAUUCCCACCCCUCCUCCAGCUUCUUUUGCCAACUGAAGCCUUCUUCUGCCACUUCUGCGGGCUCCUUCAUCUUGCAGGUUUUCCCCUUGACCGACUUCCUGGUUUUCUCUCUGGAUGGAACAGGCGUGGGCCUCUCUGCAGGAGGGCAAGGCUGGGCUGGGAUGGGAGACGUGUUGGCUCCCAGCCUCCCCUUCCUCUCUCUUCUCCCUGCCUCACCCUUCCACCCAGCCCCUCAUAAACCCUCACAUUCCAGGGCUGGGUGAACCCCACACUCCUAGGACCUCCAGGGCAGGGGCUCCAUACAUUCCCUAGAGUAGUAUCCUUUGUCCCCAGGUUUGGGGUGGGGGCCUCUGCUGUUAUACAGGGUCCAGCACAAUGGGCUUUACUGCUCUUCUAAGAGCUGGCUGCUGGCCUGGGCGGGGCUUUGCUCCUCAGUCUCUCCCUCCUCAAGGGCAAUAGCCAGAGAGGGGAGUCCUAUGCUGGCAUGAAUCUAUCCCCCUCUGUGUUCCUUCUCACUGUGAUUUUGCCCUCCUGCCCAUGUAGACCUUGGGUGAGCUAAGAGCUCCCAGGAAGCACAGCUUGGGUCAAGUUCUUUUUUUUCUUUUUCAUUGGGUCAAGUUCUAAGGACAGCUGCAGGAGGGAGGGGAACAGGGUGUUCUCUCCUGUAGCCCUUCUCCCCCACUCCCACCCCAGUCUCUGAGGACCCUAGCUUGCCUCCUUGGCUGCAAGCUGUCAGUCGUCCUAAAGGGAUGGCCAAGGACGCCUUACGUCCUCUUGGUCUGCAGUGGCCUCCAGCCCCCAGGCUGUGGAUUAGAUGGGCCAAUCCUCCCUCCCGGGAAAAGGUCUCAGGGCCUUCCCUGGCCUCUGCUCCCUGGCCUGAUGCCAGGUGGUUUCGGAGCAGUGCAAGGCUGGCAGGGGCCUCUGUAUCUCAGAUGUGGUGGGCAGGGGCAGGAGUGCGUGUGUCAGCAAGUGUUUGUGGCAGGCACACGUGAGUGUGAGCAUGAGGUUGAGAGGUAGUGCAGGGAGGGUGUGAGGGCACACAGCUGUCCUGCUCUGAAUUGUCCGCAAAACCUACAGCUGGAGAGGAGGCUCAUGAGGGAGAGAAGUUUCUGCUUCCCCAUCUCCACAUGGAGGAAGCCUACCCCUCACCCUGUGCAGUGUGCUGGGCAGCAGGAAGGGUUUGUGUGGAGUUGAUGGGGGCUUCCUGGGUGUGGGUGGGGGAAGGCUCCAUGGCCCUAGGCUCAUCCUCCUCCCUGUCCCUGUGUCUGGGGCUACAGGGCAAGGUGCCAGGAGGACCCUAUAUCACCCACACUGUGGGUACCUAGCUCUGAGGGCUCUCCCUAUAACUCCCGCUGGCUUACAUAAAGCCCUCCUGAAGCAGGGUGGGGGGUCCCAGGGCUGCCACCCUGCAAGCACAGACUCCAGGGCAGGGAAGGGAAUGUGGUGCUAUGUCCAGUUCCUUCUCUCCACUUGUUGGUGGUCGUGAUAACUCCUGCUGGACUUUAUUCAUCUCUGGAUCUCCUUGUCACCCUGUAGGCCCUCCUCCCAUCUUCACCUGCAUCCAUCCAGGCCCCAUAGUUGACAUCUUAUCACUUUGUCCAUUUGUGCCGUGCAGGUGAGGAAAGAGGCCUAGAGGUGUCUGCCUAUUCAACAGUUGAGUCAUCCUGGGUAUUUUUGUCCACUGCUUGUUGGCUGAUUGGGGAGGAUUUGCAACAAGCCAGAGAUUGAGGAAAUGACUGUGAGUGAGGAGCCCAUGCCUGACCAGUCCCUUUUCUUCUUGCCGGCCCCAGCCUAGGGGAGGACACGCAGAACAUUUUACACUGGGCACCUUUGAAGAUGAGGGAGGCAGAGGCUCUCUUGGGAACCUUGAGGGAGGUGCUAGUGUAUUCCAUUUCCUCUUGCUUUCAAAGCACAAUGUGGAUUUGAGGACCCAUGGUCAGGGACAUAUCCUGUUCAAGGACCUGUAGUUGGGGAAGUGGCGAGUGAGUGGGUGAAAGUCCCACCUCCUAUAGCGAACAACAACCCGUUGUCACUCAGCUUAAUUUUCCUUCUCAAAUGAGACAGGCCAGCCCCUGGAAUCUUGCUACCAGCCCCUGCCUCAACUCUUCUCAUCCUACAAAUAGGGACCAUUUUCUUAUAUAUCCCCAGAGAGAGGAGGGACUGUCAUACUGGUGCUGAGGGACCCAGAGGCUACUGGGUGUCCUUGUUCCUUACCAGAACCACCCAUCCCUAGAAGAGCACAGAACCCCGAGGGUUGGGCCGAUCCCCUGGUCUUUUCUACAGCUCACAAAGGUCUUUUAGCCAAUCUGAUCCCAGGAAAGACGCAUCACAGCUAGAAUGUGAAUAUAAUUUUUGUGGACCAAUAAUGAAAUGCAAGCCCAAUGGUGAGAAAAGUGAAUUCUCCCAACUCUGCUUCCUGUUUUCUCCCCUCAUGUCCUUCCAGGGAAAACUCCUUUAUUGCUUAAUUUCUGCCUUUCCUCCCCUCACAUAUGCACUUUUGGCCCCUUUUUUAUAGCUGGAAAAAAAAUCAAAAUACCACCCCACAAACCUGUAUUUAAAAAGAAAUGACCAUGUGAAACUUGCCUCUGUCCAAACAUGUUAUCUGUGUGUAUGUAUGUGUGCGUGUGUGUGUGUGUGUGCAGCCGUCCGUUCAUCUUUUUAUAUGAGGGUGUUGUCUUAUUUUGGUCUGUUUGGUCUCCUCCCUCGUGGGCUUGUGCUCGGGAUCAAAUCUUUCUGGCCUGUUAUGAUUCUGAACAUUUGACUUGAACCACAAGUGAAUCUUUCUCCUGGUGACUCAAAUAAAAGUAUAAUUUUUACCUGCGGA